UUUCUUUACUAAUGGCUUCAAAAAUAAAGAUGUUAAGAAGAACAAAGAAUUGUAUGACACACUCAUGAAUGCUGUUGACUUGGUGGGGUUUAUGGAAGAGGAACAAACUAACAUGUUCCAGAUCUUGUCGCUGGUGUUAAACAUGGGAAAUAUUGAGAUAGAAGAAGGAGAAGAUGAUGGAGCUGUGACAAUGGACAAACAGGAAGAGCUCAAGAUAACAGCACAACUCCUGGGUACAGACCCGGAGAAGCUCAGCAGUGUAUUAACCUCCACCACGACUGUAACUCGUGGAAGUCUUAUCAGAAGAAGGCUUCAUAAGCAUCAAGCUUUAGAUGUGCGAGACGCCACUGCUAAAGCCCUGUAUGGUCGCCUAUUCAGCUGGAUAGUCAACAAGAUCAACCAUCUACUAGCGCCACCUGCAUUGGCCCAAGGGACAAGGGUCAUGGAAAUAGGAAUCUUGGAUAUUUUUGGGUUUGAGCAUUUUGAGCACAACAGCUUCGAGCAGUCAUGCAUUAAUCUGGCCAAUGAACAGUUACAGUUCUUCUUUAAUCAGCAUAUUUUCAUGUGGGAACAAGAAGAGUACAAGAAAGAAGAAAUUGAUUGGACGACCAUCACGUUCGAAGACAACAAACCUGUUUUGGACUUGUUUCUCAACAAACCAAUUGGCCUCCUAGCUCUUCUGGACGAAGAAAGUCACUUCCCACAGAGUACAGACCAAACCUUUGUGCAGAAGCUGAUCAAGAACUGUGGAAAAAGCAAGCACUUGGUGACCUCAAACAAAUCACGACUCGAAAAAUUUACUAUCCUGCAUUACGCUGGCAAGGUUGAGUACGACAGCAUUGGUUUCCUGGAGAAAAACCGAGACACGUUACCAAACAGUGUAACAGAGGUGCUACAGAAGAGUGGCAAUGAACUCAUUUGCACCAUCUUCACAGGAUCGAUAACUAGGACCGGUUCAAUCACAGUUGGUAAACACGGACUGGACAACAGGAAGAGCCGCGUCAGUAAGCCGAGAGAGGGGAAGCCAGCUGCCAAGAAAGCAACAGUCUCUAGUCAAUUUAGGACUUCUCUGACGAUCUUGAUGGGAAAGUUGACCGCUGCCAACCCUCAUUUCAUUCGCUGCAUUAAACCCAAUCACCUCAAGGUGUCAAAUGACUUCGAUAACAAAUAUGUUGAAGAUCAGUUGAAGUAUACCGGUGUGUUGGAAACUACGCGUAUCCGCCGUGAAGGGUACCCUGUGAGGCCGACGUUCAGCGAGUUUGUUGACAGCUUUAAGAUGAUCGCGUAUGAUCCAUUCCUCAAGCCAAGCGAGUCAAGCUGUCGUAAGAUCCUCAAGAAGUCCAAGUUGAAUGACUGGCAUAUUGGCAAAACUAAAGUCUUCCUGAAGUACUGGCAGACAGAGAAACUGGCCAAGAUGCUUGAAGAUGUGAACAAGUCUGUGAUUCACAUGCAGAAAGCUGUUCGUGGUUUUCUGAUCCGUCGUCGUUACAAGCGACUUCGCAAAGCCUCCAAAACAGACAAACUCACAGCAAAGACCUGUCUACAGUUAAUCCACCUGCCGGGGCAUGAGAUUGAUAAACAGAUUGAGCUUCUUAGAAAAAAGAAGAAACUUGAUCUUCCCAAGCCAAAGAGGGAUCAAACAACUAAAUAUGCUUCGCUUCGCUUUGAUCAGAUGGGAACCCAAACCGCUAACUUUGGAAAGCAGACCGUAGACGAGGGUGUUGGUGAUGGAUGUAUCGAUGAAGAGGAAUUCGUACGGGAGCCUGACCCCAACCAACAAAGAUUCGGUGCUAUCACUACCAAGGAAACUGCUGUUCAGUGGUACAAGGAGACACAAGCACCAAGAGGUGCUGGUAUGCUGGCUGAUGGUGUGUUCCAUGAUUGGUUCCAUGGUGUCAUUACGAGAAGGCGAGCAGAGCGGCUUCUAACCAACAAGCCACUAGGCUGUUUCCUCAUACGAGUCAGCGAGAGUCGUUUUGGAUAUUCAUUGACCUUUCGGGUUGCCAAUCGCUGUAAGCAUUACAUGAUUGACCAGACACGAUCUGGUAAAUACGUCAUCGUAGGAAUGCCGAAAGUGUUCAAGACCCUCGAUGAGAUGGUCACCUACCAUCAAGAGAAUGAAAUCAAUCCCGAGGGAGAUCUCCUAACAAUGCCAUGUGGACAGGAAGACGAAGAUGAAGCAGAUUAUGAGGAUCUACUUAAAGUAAUGGGUGAAAAACGCCAUCGUAAUGGGGACAACGCUCCUCCGUUACCAGAGAGACGCUACAGGCAAUCUACAGUCCAUCGUUGAAAAACUGAUGGCUCUUCUGAAAGCUUACAGAUUUUCAACAGAAGAUAAAGAAAUAAUCUCACAAAAAAAAAAAAAAAAUGCACGUAAAACUUAUAAAAAUUUCACAGUAAAAAUGAGUGGUUAAAAAUGUAAGUUUUCUUGGCUGGCUCCUGGAAUCAAAACUAAACCUGUGGAGUGCCAUAUGACUGAAGACAGCAUGUUCUCCAAGGGCCUAUAAUUAAUUGGUGGCACACCACAGUGCGAACAACAGCGUGGUUCCUCUGGGGCCCAUAACUUAACCGGUGGCACACCACAGUACAAACAACAGCUUGGUUCCACAAGGGCCCAUAACUUAACCAGUGGCACACCACAGUACAAACAACAGAUUGGUUCCUUAAGGGCCCAUAACUUAACCUGUGGCACACCACAGUACAUAUUAUAGCCCAUUCCUCAGGACGCAUAACUAAUUCUAUGGGGGUAAACAUUUGGACUAUUAGUGCACUUAAUUUAUCUAAAAGGUUUGAUCAAGCUUCUAAAGAGAGCUGGCACUCCUAGUGUCCAAGAAAUGACAGAUGAUCUUUGAAAAACAGUGCUUUUUAUUAGUGUUAAGGAAUAUAUUUAGUACGCAGUGUAUUCAAUACGUUAGAUUUCCAUUAGCGUCAGACAUAGCCUGCGAAACAGAUACCACAGUUCUCAACUCUCAAAUGGUUUCCAACACCUAGCAAAUACUAUACCAACCAACCACAGUGCAUUUCAAAGUGCAUUAUUUUCAAUUGCAACUCGUAUGAAAACUGUUUAAAUUAAAACAAUUCUAUCACUAGGUGACGAAAGUCCAGCUAUUUUUCAAACAUUUUUGUGCACAAUAUAGCCGUGGCCUGGUUUUCUACUCUUUUUGUAAAAUAUGUUGCUUACUUUGUAAGUAGCAAGUGGAGGUGUGCUUAACCAAAUUUAAUUCCUUGAGCAAGAGGUAGAUCUUUGCUGUAGUUAAUGGUGCUGUAAUAAAAUGAGAAAUUCA